AUGUUCGAAAAAGCACGAAAUCAAGGUCGAUCUGACGACCCAUCACAAUUUUGGCUUGAGGGUUUGCUGUACCUCUUGCAGACCAGUCACGAGGAUCUUCUGACUGAUGCGGAUAAGAAUGCCUGGGCACACACAUAUAGCCAUCUUAUCGAGCGAUAUUCUCUUCAAAUUUGGAGAGCUGCCGAUGAUCAUGAAUUCUUUCUUAAUGAAGGCCUGGCGGAUUUUGAAGGCGAUACAGAGUCCUAUUUAGGGGCAGAAGAGAAGGAAAACGGAAGACUCCAGCUCGCCAUGUUGACGACGGACGAUGUCAUGCACAUUAUCUUUCCAAUCAGUCCGGAAAUUGCCAUAAUCUUUUGCGAUGAAUCUCGUUGUUGGGAGUCACCAUUCGCUGAGCUUCUGCACAAGCUGAAGAUUCCAUAUCCGGAAAAUUCUUUGCUAAAAGGAGCGCCUCAUAAGGAUAUCACCAGCAUUCAUGUGCCGGAGCAAAAGAGAGGGAAGAAAAGAUGGCCAGAAACGGAGGCAUGGAGAGUAAAUAUUGGCAAAUUGUCGGCAGAGCAUCAUCAAAUCAUCAAUUCGUACUCACUCCUCCACGCGCAAUCCUUGAUUAUAGUCCGAAGUCGAGAGCGCUUCGAGCGAGCUAAGAGAUCAUGCGCUUCGUUCAGUAAAGCCAGAAUUGAACGAUGGGAAAGCCAAGGGAGUCGAUAUACCCAUCAUAAAGAUGCACCAAGACACACGGAAAUUGGACCAGAACCAUCCGGAGAGCAAUUAGGCAGCAUCGAGACCGAUUUGAUGCUUACUCCAGAUAGGAUCAUCAGCGCCAUUCACACUACGAAUGAGCCUUCACUGAUAACUAAGAAAAAUAUGCUUGAAUCUUGGACGUACAUAAGCGCAGUAGAGUCUCUCAUGGUUAAAGACAGAAAUCUGCAGCCAGGCCCUGUGGGUGGGAUAGCAGGAAUACACCCAGCAACGAGAGCGGCUUUCGAAGCGGCAUACCCGCCCAAGCAUGUCAAUCACAGAGAUCUCAUUGAAAUGGAUUUCGAGGACUUCUUCGACAAUGGUCUUGGAGAACAGAUGUUUGCUAGAUUGAUGGACAAUCUCCGUGCCAAAGCAAGAGAACUGGUACGCGCCGAAUCUUUUACAACCCACUGGGACAGUUGUAAAACCGAUUUGCAGAAGGACCUUGCCAAUACGGAUCAUGUGAAAGGAGAAAACGCGAACUUUCUCCUCGAAAAUCAGACUUUUCGAACAGAUUAUAUAUUGGCUCAGAGGUUUGCCCUUUUGCGGUGGAUGUUUGAAGAACGGCAGGAUAUAUUGGCAGUCUUUGUGGCGCAGUUAUCCAAACCUCUGGAUCAAUUAUACCCCAAGGUCAUCCGCACACGUGCGCCGAGAACUUGA